AAUCACUACUAGCUUGCAAAUUUUGCACUUUUGUUUCUCUCUGACUUCUCUCUCUCUCUUUCCCAUGCUUAUUGACAAUGCAAGUUGAAAUCUUGGAAAUUUUUUUGUGGGUGUUAACUCAGAGAAUUGAAUGUAAAGGAGCUUUGUAGUUAACGAUACGUUAAAGUUGGGUAGAUGAACAAACUCAAGCGGAGAAAACAAAGCUAUACAGGAUUUGAAUAUUUGAACUUUUCCCAUUUGUCAUUUCCUUAGAAACUCUGAUUUAAGAAGAUAAUAUUGCUUUGUUCCCUUCUGAGUUUUGUACUGUUGUCUUGCUUUUGCCAUGAAAUGAGGGUACUCAAAGAAGUAUCUUAAUUAGUUGGUUUGAAAAUCUUAUUAGUAAAGAGCUGAAAUAUUAGUUUUGGUGUUGGUAGUAAGUUCUACCAAUAAAGAUUUUGAUUCUUUUAAUGCUGGGAGACAACUUGGGCGGCCGAAAUCCGUUGUUUCCGGGAAAGAUUUAAGGAAUUUGAGAUUGUGUCAGCAAAACUAGUAUAAAAAUCAGAGUUGGGUUGCUUUUAUUUGCUGGAUUAGACUUAGGAAUCCUGAAAGUGAAGAAAAAAUCGAACAUUGAAGUAUUCAUCAGGUUUGAUUUCCUAUAUUCGAUUUGGGUUGAUUUGUGGUUUGUUUUUGCUGAAACAAGAUGGUUGGGAGUAUCGAGACAAUGGAAGUUCAUCAAAAUGGAUGGUCUAAUAACAAUGGCAAUGGUCUAGAAGAGAAGCUUGAUGAACUUAGAUGCCUUCUCGGAAAGGCUGAUGGUGAUCCUCUGAGGAUUGUUGGUGUUGGGGCAGGAGCAUGGGGGAGUGUUUUUGCAGCUAUGUUGCAAGAUAGUUACGGCCAAUUUCGACAGAAGUUCCAAAUCAGGAUUUGGAGAAGGCCAGGAAGAGCAGUUGAUAGAGCCACAGCAGAACAUCUCUUUGAAGUGAUCAAUUCCAGGGAAGAUGUAUUGAGGAGGUUGAUAAGGAGAUGUGCAUAUUUGAAAUAUGUUGAGGCAAGGCUUGGUGAUAGGACUCUUUAUGCAGAUGAGAUUUUGAAAGAUGGGUUUUGCUUGAACAUGAUUGAUACUCCACUUUGUCCUUUGAAGGUUGUGACUAAUCUGCAAGAAGCUGUUUGGGAUGCAGAUAUUGUUGUGAAUGGUGUGCCUUCGACAGAAACUCGGGAGGUUUUCGAAGAGAUUAGCCAUUAUUGGAAGGAAAGAAUCACCAUGCCUAUCAUUAUCUCUUUAGCAAAAGGCAUAGAAGCUGCAUUAGAACCUGUUCCUCAUAUAAUUACUCCCACGCAGAUGAUUAACAGAGCGACUGGGGCGAGUAUGGAGAAUGUACUUUAUCUUGGUGGACCAAAUAUUGCUUCAGAAAUAUAUAACAAGGAAUACGCUAAUGCUCGAAUAUGUGGAGCUGAAAAGUGGAGAAAGCCUCUUGCUACAUUUCUAAGGCAAUCACAUUUCAUUGUAUGGGACAACAGUGACCUUAUCACUCAUGAAGUCAUGGGUGGUCUGAAGAAUGUCUAUGCCAUUGGAGCUGGAAUGGUAGCAGCUCUUGCUAAUGAGAGUGCUACAAGCAAGUCAGUAUAUUUUGCACAUUGUACUUCAGAGAUGAUAUUUAUCACUCAUUUAUUGGCCGAAGAACCCGAGAAGCUCGCAGGGCCUUUGCUUGCAGACACUUAUGUAACCUUGUUAAAAGGUCGAAACGCAUGGUACGGCCAAAUGUUAGCCAAAGGGGAGUUGAACAGAGACAUGGGUGAUAGCAUCAGUGGCAAAGGAAUGAUUCAGGGUGUUUCUGCAGUUAAAGCUUUCUAUGAACUCCUGAGUCAGCCAAGCUUGAGUGUACUGCAUCCUGAUGAAAAUAAGCCUGUUGCACCUGUUGAGCUCUGUCCCAUCUUAAAAACACUAUAUAAAAUCCUUAUAUCAAGGGAAGAUUCAUCACAAGCUAUUUUGCAAGCAUUAAGGGAUGAAACUUUGAAUGAUCCUCGGGAACGCAUUGAGAUUGCACAGAGCCAUGCUUUCUACAGGCCUUCUCUUCUUGGCCAGCCUUGACAUUUUUCAUUGCUAUGAAAAUGGUUACGAAGGAAUGAAUUACUAAUUAUAUCUAUAAAGAAAUUUUUAUGUCAACAGGAUGAAAUACUUUGUUUUGGAUUGAUUACUGUAUCAUCUAAUAUUAUGAAAAGCUUAUAGUAAAGCCAUGUUUGGCAUUGA